UCUCGUGUGUGGUAUUUGUUGGCUAUCGGGUGGAUGUUAUAUGUGAAUUGUUGUUUUGCGAUAUAAUGAGUAGUGUUCGGUUGAGUAUCGUGUCGGUGGGUAGGAUUGCGGUGAGGAGAAAUUCUCAUAUCACAAGCAGUAUCCAGUCAUGCCGAGCCCUCAGACGCUGUCCCAGAUCGUUCAGCACUUGCGCAGUGCUGUACAAGAGUCCCACUGACCAGCCUCCCGGACCUCCCCACCAGCACCCCAGUAAAGAUGCUGCCAAUGGUACAGGCUCAUCAGGCGGCAAGAAGUCCGGCUCUGGCAACGGCGUCCUCACGUGCCCGAAGUGUGGAGACCCCUGCACCCAUGUGGAAACUUUCGUCAGCUCCACCCGAUUCGUCAAGUGUGAUAAAUGUCACCACUUCUUCGUCGUCCUGAGCGAAGUCGACACCAAGAAGAGUAUCAAGGAUAACGCUGAAAACAAGUCUGGAUUUUACAGGAAACCCCCUCCGCCCCCGAAGAAGAUUUUCGAAUACCUGAACAAGCAUGUCGUUGGUCAAGAAUACGCGAAGAAGGUUCUCUCUGUGGCAGUAUACAAUCACUACAAGAGGAUUUACAAUAACGUCACCAGCGGCCCGCCGAACGAUGCUCAUCAUCCGUUACAUCAUACACACAGAGAUCUAUUACACCUUAGUCACAGCGCCGGCGCCGGCGGCGGUGGCACCGAGAUCCUGGAGAGGCAACACCACGAACUCAAAUUGGACAAGAGCAACGUUCUCCUCCUGGGGCCUACUGGAUGCGGUAAAACCCUAUUAGCACAGACGAUAGCCCAAUGCUUGGACGUGCCGUUCGCGAUCUGUGAUUGCACCACAUUGACCCAGGCGGGCUACGUUGGUGAGGACAUUGAGAGUGUCAUCGCCAAGUUACUGCAGGACGCCAACUUCAAUGUGGAGCGGGCACAAACAGGGAUAGUUUUUCUUGAUGAAGUGGACAAAAUUGGUGCGGUGCCCGGUAUACAUCAGUUGAGAGAUGUUGGAGGCGAAGGUGUACAACAAGGCAUGCUGAAGAUGCUCGAAGGCGCCGUGGUUUCAGUUCCCGAGAGGAACUCGCGCAAGCUCCGCGGCGACGCCGUUCAAGUGGACACCACCAACAUACUGUUCGUGGCCAGCGGCGCUUACAAUGGGCUCGAUAGACUGGUCCAGCGUCGCAACAACGAGAAGUACCUGGGCUUCGGCGCGUGGGACUCGCGGUCGGGGCGGCGCGCGGCGCUGCAGGCGGCCGCGGCGGACGCGUCGCCGCUGGACUCCGCGCGCGCCGAGAACGACGAGCGCGACGCGUGGCUGCGCAAGGUGCAGGCCAGGGACCUCAUCGACUUCGGAAUGAUACCCGAAUUCGUGGGCAGGUUCCCAGUGCUGGUACCUUUCCACAGCCUCAACCAGGAGUUGCUCGUCAGGAUACUCACUGAGCCCAAAAAUGCUAUGGUAUCACAAUACAAGUUGCUGUUCGCGAUGGACAAGUGCGAGUUGUCGUUUAGCGACGAGGCGCUGCGUGCGGUGGCCGCGCUCGCUAUGGAGAGGAAAACCGGCGCCAGGGGAUUGAGAGCUAUUAUGGAGAACCUGCUGCUGGAGGUGAUGUUCGAGAUCCCCGGGUCGGACAUCCGCGCGGUCCACAUCCACGACGGCUGCGUGUCGCGCGCCGAGCCGCCCGCGCUGCGCCGGCACGCGCCGCGCGACCGCCCGCGCGACCACGACUGGCCCGAGAAUUUAACAGAUGCAUGCAUAAAAACAACCAUUUUUGGACCGCGGACAUCGAACGGUUAUCAUUUCUGAAUAGUGUCGAGACUAGUGUAAAUGAACCAACUGUCACUCAGUACGCGCUGUGAACGAGCACAGGUAUGGUGGUAACAAACAUACACACACGCAUUUUAGUAUUGUAGACCUUGAAUACGAAUUUGAGCUUGUAAUAAAGAUUUGAAUUAUCAUUGCAACAAAAAAAAAUUAGUCAUCGAAUCAUGCGUUUUAAUUUAGAAAAAAAAUGCCAAAUGUUUAUGACAAAAAAAAAUAAUAAUGCAUACAUAAAAUGUUAUGUUAAUAUUUGGAAAAUAAAUGUUAUGGCUCUUGUCCAAGGUCGAGUUAAAUACACUCGAUGAUGUAGGUACUAAGUCUACUUAGAAAUUGGAAAUUCUUUAGGAAACAAGGUUUCUUAAUUCUCUGUAAUGACAGAUUAUUUAGUUGUUAAUUUUGACGUUGAACGUUUUCACAGCUGUAUAGUAAAGAAAAAAAAAUUAAAAGAUUUUCUCACUAAAAUUGGUUAGACUAAACCCUUUCUGAUCGAAUGCAAAAUAAUGAAAAUAUAAAAAAUAUAUAUUACUUUAUUGAGCAACAAUAUUGCAGUUGAAGUUCCAUCAAUUUAAUUUUGUGUUAAAAUCUUUAAAAAUAAUCUGUUUAUAAAUAUAAUAUUGUUAAAAAAAUAAACAUGUUUGGUCUCUAAUAAAUUAAUAAAAUAAUGUUACUCCGAUUCUAUUUUCGUAAACAUGUUUUUUUUUACAGAUAAAACAAAAAAUUGUAGUAAAUUCAUUGGAAAAUAGAAUUUUUUAAAUUUUGUUUGGAGUUAUUUUUAAAUUUAUUAGACUUAAAGUGCGUUCUUAAAGAAAUCUACAUGAUAAUAUUGAGAUAAACAGCAUUUUUCUCAUUCUUCUGAUAACCGAAGUACAUGUAAGUAACACGUGUACAAAAUUUCGAGUCAGACAAAUGUUUUGUUUAACUAAUUAAUAACAUGAGAAAAAUUGAAAAUGGAAAUAUACUUUAGUUAUAGAAACGUUCACCAUUACAUAACCUCGGUUAUUUUUAGACUUAAUAUACCUAAAUAUUAAGGAGGGUCAUAUCCUCCAUAUGAAUAUAAAAAAAAUGUGGUUGAAAAAUUUCAUUGGUACAAUUAAAUACAUACAUACAUAAAAUCACGCCUUUUUCCCGGAGGGGUAGGCAGAGACUACAUCUUUCCACUUGCCACGAUCUCUGCAUACUUCUUUCGCUUCAUCCACAUUCAUAACUCUCUUCAUGCAAGCUCGGCGGUUUCGGGCACUCUUGACCCGACCCUUUGCCAGGACGUCCAUAAUUUGAUCAAGAUACGUUCGUCUAUGCCUUCCCACACCAUUGUAUGAUUUAUAACGCGAAUUUCAAUUUGCCCCUUAAGUUGUACAUUAUUCGUAGAUAUAGUUUCAGAAAAAACGUGAUCUUAAUUGUAGUUCCUUGCAUUAGCUUAUGUUGAAAAUAAUUAUGAGAAUAAAAAAUGUUGUAUCGUCCCCGACCACCAUACAACAUUGCUCUUGUGAUGUAAAUUACUGUAAAUAAUGAAUAAAUAUAAUAGAAAACAAUUUCUUAAUGUUAAGGUCUAAAUAAAUUAGGUUUGUUUUUCUUGUCUAAGUUGUAAGUACGAAGAAUUACACGAAAAUAAAGAAAUAAAAAAAAUGUAUUUUCAGGAUUUCUUUUUUAUUACCAAAAGUUUUAUCUCUAGCUGCAAUUGACGUUUUGACAUUUGUUAAUUAUUAUUUUACAAGAAUAUUUUUUAUUUAUAAAUGUAAAGUUGUGGUGUGAUUAAAAGGAAAUAGAAGAAUUAGUGAGCAUUGUAUUUGAUACAAGGGCCCGAUGUGAUAGCAGAAAUUUAUUUAUUGUUGAUGUGACGCUGAUGAUAAAUUUAGACGUUUUUUAAUCACAUUGCAACUGGCGUAAAUAGUUUAAGCCUAUUUUCAAAUAAAACAUUAAAAACA